GCCCCUUACACAACACACACACAGUCAGUCAGUUAGCAGCCGUGCUGGCUAUAACUCCUGCACUCUGAUGCAUCCUGUGGAGGUCACAGUGAAUGAAGGUCGGGUGAAAUGCACUGUGAUUCUAGCCUUUGUGGUGACUGCCCUGGCCUGUACUGCCCUUGGGUACUCUAUUGGCCUCUCCCACAGUAUUCAGGGCGGGAGUCAGAGUCGGAAUGAGAGUGAAGCGAUCGGGAGUGAUAAUUCUUCCUCGUCAUCGGCUCGUUCUUCUCAGAGGCCCUCUUGGAAUGACACUGUGCAAGAAUUGAUUGGCCUCGGGUGCAGGCCAGUGAAGACUAAAGUGCCGCUAGAAACCAUCCUGGACAUGAGAGACUCUCGCUGGGACUACAUAUUCCAGAGACACGUCGCUGUCUUCCGCUGCUGUGACCAAAUGGCCUUCUGUGGCGACGAGUUUGGCGUGGUGGAGGGCACGUGUGAGGCGACGAGACAAGUGACCAAGGUGCUCCGCUUGUUUAACGACUCUGGGGGCCCUGACGUAGUGAUAGAGGCCGAGGAGCAUUUAGAGUGUGGGUGUAAAUACUGAUCCAAAAAAUGGGUUUCGUCUCAAGAAGAAAUGUUGAUGCUAUUGAUGUAACUAGUCAGUGAUGGGAGCUGUGUGUGUGUUUUAGUUAACUAUGGUGGUAAUAAUAAUUUAAAGUGGCGAUGAUUAUGAUGGUGGCAAUAAAGGCAAGUGGUGGUGGUGGUGAUGACAGUGAAGCUGAUGAUAAUGACGAUAAUAACGAUGAUGACAAUAGUAACAAUGAUAAUAAUAACAGUGACAAUGAUAAGGAUGAUGAUGAAUUUGUGUGAUGUAUAAUAGAAUGUAAACUGUGUAUGUAUGAAUGUAUUUACGUAUGAAUAAGAGUGAAUAAUGUCGCAUGAUAAUAAUAAUAAUUUUAUAUUUUGUCUACCCACUCAUUGUACAAACCCAAGCCAUGGCAUUCAAUAGAGUAGAUUGAAUAUUUAUGUAUAAUUUUUUUAAUAUGAAUUGUUCUGUAA